GAACAGAACACAGACAGCUAUUGCUCUGCUUUCCGCUUUCCUUUGUUCUUCAUAUACUCCUCUCCUGCUCUUCUUCACUGCCUUUAAUUCUCUCCUCUCUCUCUCUCUACAUUUUUCCAUUCCUCCCAGAAAUUUGAUAGAUCUGGGCUUCUUCUCCGCUUUUCGGUGCCGAAUUUCAUCUCUCUGUUCUUUGAUUCCUGCUCUUCCGUUUCGUCGAUUCGCUGGUAAGCUCCCGAAGCAUAAUAAUGUGUCCUGGAGGGRUAAUUCCUGCACGCGGGAUGGUGACGGUUCAUCAUCUCUCUUUAAGGAUCUGUCUGGUGGCUUUUAUGAUGCUGGAGAUGCAAUUAAGUUCAACUUUCCUGCCUCUUUUGCCAUGACCAUGUUAAGUUGGAGUGUCAUUGAAUACAGUGCAAAAUAUGAAGCUGCUGGAGAGCUUAACCAUGUCAAAGAUAUUAUUAAGUGGGGGAGUGAUUACUUCCUCAAGAGUUUUAACCAUACUGCAGAUUCUGUCAAUACCAUUGCUAUGCAGGUCGGAGUGGGGGAUACCUCUGGAGGAAAUACAAGUCCUAAUGAUCAUUAUUGUUGGAUGCGCCCAGAGGACAUUGAUUAUGUACGACCUGUACAAACGUGCAGUAGUUGCUCGGAUCUUGCUGCCGAAAUGGCUGCUGCUUUAGCUUCAGCAUCCAUUGUUUUCAAAGAUAACAAGGCAUACUCACAGAAACUUGUCCACGGUGCCAGAACACUCUUCAAAUUUGCCAGAGAGCAGAGAGGCCGAUACAGUGCAGGUAAUUCAGAAGCUGCAAUCUUCUACAACUCAACUAGUUAUUGGGAUGAGUUUGUAUGGGGUGGAGCUUGGUUGUAUUAUGCAACUGGGAAUUCUAGUUAUCUUCAACUUGCUACCACACCCGGCAUUGCCAAACAUGCGGGUGCUUUCUGGGGUGGUCCUGAUUAUGGAGUGUUGAGCUGGGACAACAAGCUUGCUGGUGCUCAGGUUCUUCUUAGCCGUUUGCGAUUGUUCUUGAGCCCUGGAUAUCCAUACGAGGAAAUAUUGAGGACAUUCCACAAUCAAACUAGCAUAGUCAUGUGUUCCUACCUGCCCUUUUUCACAAAAUUUAAUCGAACUAGAGGAGGCCUAAUUCAGCUAAAUCAUGGAAGGCCACAGCCUCUUCAGUACAUUGUCAAUGCAGCCUUUUUGGCCACCCUGUACAGUGAUUACUUGGAAGCAGCAGAUACACCUGGAUGGUACUGUGGACCCAAUUUCUAUUCAACUGAUGUUUUGCGCGACUUUGCCAAGACCCAGAUUGAUUAUAUCCUUGGCAAAAACCCCCGUAAAAUGAGCUACAUCGUGGGUUUUGGAAAUCAUUACCCGAAACAUGUGCAUCAUAGAGGUGCAUCGAUCCCAAAGAACAAGAUCAAAUAUAACUGCAAAGGAGGAUGGAAAUGGAGGGACAGCACGAAACCUAACCCAAAUACAAUUGUUGGUGCCAUGGUUGCUGGUCCUGACAAGCACGACAGGUUUCAUGAUGUUCGUACCAACUAUAACUACACCGAGCCAACUCUAGCUGGAAAUGCAGGCUUGGUUGCAGCGCUCAUUGCUCUGUCAGGUGAAAAGACAACUGGAAUUGACAAGAACACCAUCUUCUCUGCAGUGCCUCCAAUGUUCCCAACUCCACCACCACCUCCAGCACCUUGGAAACCUUGAUCAUAUAACACACAUUCUUCUGAAAGCAUGUCGCCGUAAGUUGCAGAAAYGCUGUUGGUUGUGGUGAUCGGAUUUUGAAACGUCUGUCUGUCGAGGUGAAACUGAAGACUGUAGGGAAAGAAUGUAAAACAAUAUUGCUUGGCAGAGAAACCACAAGCCAAAUGAUGGAGUUAACUAUAAGGAUUUUGGCUUUAGGGGAGGGUGUUUUUGAUACCUGUUUUAAUCCUUUAUUCUGCAACUCUUGAUUUGGAGUUUGUGAUAUAGUUAGUACAUAAUGUAUUCUUUAAACACGAAAAAGCUGUAGAGGUGAAAGUGUUUGACAAUAAGCUGCCAUGGUUUCUUUGCAGGUGAAGUCUUUGCUUCUCUUUUUAUAA